GCAACUCCUGUAAACAACUCCCAGAUAACCAAAGCAGAGGACGUUAACAGAAAAAAAAGGUCUGUCAUAUCACAAAAAGUCCACGCCUGUUGUCAGGCAAUAUCCAUCCCUAGUAACAGAGACACGGAAGACGAUUCACAGGAAAUAAGGGCGAGCUAGCUGAGAUCCCGAGCCUGAUAAAAUAACUGCUUCUACACUGCUUUUGAAGAUUAUAGGAGCCUCCUGGGUGUCUAGCUAUGUCUACCCCUACCACAGAUGAAGGAAGCUUUGUUAUUCUGUCACAAGCAAAGCCUCAAAAUGAUCAGGUGAAUGAAUCGGAAGACGGACAGUCCCAUAAUGUCCAAGUCAGCAUUCCCAAACCAAUAGUCACAUUUUACCACGGAGAACCCGAAGUUCUUGGAGCUAUCCAAAUAUUUGUAGGACUCAUUUCUAUCUCUUUUGGCAUUAUAUUUUCGAUUCUGUGUGAACCAAAAUGCCCUUACAUACAAAAUAUCAUAUUUACUCGCGUCCUCUUAUGGUCUGGUGCACUGUAUGUUGUUUCUGGAUCGCUUUCACUGGCUACUUCAAUUAAACCCACAAUCUUCAAGGUGAAAUCAAGUUUGGUGAUGACCAUGAUCAGUAUUGCUGCUGCUAGCUUUGCAAUAUUAAUGAUGACAACUAUUUUUCCUUCACCACUUUAUUUUCCAUCUUCUGAAUGGUAUUGUGCAUAUUAUAAACCAAAUACGGAAUGCGUAGGAAUAUUUAACCCACAGGUGUGCUUAGCUGGUAUUAUAAUUCUCUUGUUUUUACUUACAAUAUUAAUCUUUUGCAUCACCAUAUCCACAUCAGUGUUUGCAUGCAGGACUGUAUGCCGAUCAUCUUAUAAUGAAAUGAGUGUGGUCAUCUAUCAAUCUACAUCUUUGAAUGCACCAGUAACAGCCACAGCAGCUCUUUCUCCAUCUACAACUGAACAAGACUCCUAACCAGGAUUUAAACAAAGCCAUGGUUUAUGACAUAUGACAUGUAUCUGAUACGAAAAUAUUCAUAUUGGUGUGAGAAUCUGUUAUCUGACCCACUUUUUUGCUAGAAAAGUAAUCUUUUAUGCACAAAACACAAUAAAUAACUGUAGUAUUUAGUAAGCAAAGAGUUGCACUUUAGUAGAAAGAUUAUAAAUAAUGUCUUGUAACUGAUAAAAAGGGGUAUCUAACUAUAAGAAGGGGAGUCCAAAGUAUAAAACCUGUUAAGGCGGCUGUACAGGAUUACAAAACCAUGGCUGCUUUCUAAGAAACAGUGCUACUCUUGUCCACAUGUUGUGUGUGUGGCAUUGCAGCUCAGUUACAUUCACCUUAAUGUAGUUGAGCUGCGAUAAAAGCCCAUAGACAAGUGCUGUGGAAGAAAGGUGAGUGAGUCAUGGAGAACCUUGCUUUAGGUGAGUGCUGGGUUUCAGCUCCAUCACUCCGCCACCGGCUCUACAGGUCCCAUGUCUCCCUGCAUCAACCUCCAUUUUGACAAUGGUAUGUAAUCGCUGAAGCCAAUAUCUGGCCACAGCAGGGACGGAACACAUACUGCACAGGAGGAGGUGGUUGUGGGAAGUUCCUGGGGAGAAAGGGAUGUUCAAAAAUUUGCUAUG